ACCUGGUGAGACCAAACCAGGACUCUGAAAGUGCUCCUUUGCUUAAAUCAAGUCCAUUUGGUUGCUCAGAUGACAGCAGAGAUCAGAGAAAUUAUGAAGGUUAAGGAUGAUGAGAGUGAGAGCUCUCUGACUGAUCCUAUCGACCAUCCCAUCCUGACAGAGAUAGGGUUUUCCACGGGUGUUCUUCCAAUCAAUGGAGUGAAGCUCCUGCUGAAAAGAUGGGAGGGAUUCACGUCCAGCUCCUUGCAACAGCAGGGUGGGGACCGCUGUCUAGCCUCCUCACAACAGGAGGUUCCAUAUGUGACCCAAGACUCCUCCUAUGACUUCCUGGAGGACGGUGGGGCCAGUGUGGAGGGCAGCCCCCAAGAGGAAGUGAAGCAGAUGAAGAUGCAGGUGGCUGAGCCUCUUUCCUCGAAGCUAGCUCCAGGUAAAGGGCCCGCAGGCGAUGAGCCCGAGCCUUCAGCUGUGCUCCGGGAGGGGGUGAUGGAACAUAGCACCGAGAUGGAGCUGGAGAAGGUGAGGAUGGAGUUUGAACUGACCAGACUGAAGUACCUGCACGAGGAGAACGAGCGCCAGCGGCAACAUGAGGAGGUGAUGGAGCAGCUGCAUCGGCAGGCACCACCCCGGCUGUUCCCAGGAGGAUUCCAGGACCUCCUACUCCCCCAGAAUCAGUUUGCUAUGUUCCUGUAUUGUUUCAUCUUCAUUCACAUCAUCUACGUCACCAAGGAGAUGAUCUUCUUCCUCUUCACCAAGCAUUACCUCUUCUGCAUUGCUGCCAUUCUGCUCUGUUUGAUUAAAACCUUGUGGUCUUACGUCCUGUGCCCCCCUGCUCUCCGGACCUGAUGGGUCCACCAUGGAAACUUAACUUUCAAGUAGGCGAAGUUGUCCUCCCCUUUCCCAUCCUGAUUCCUCCCCCUCCCCGAUAUUCUUUCUUAUUCUCAGGCAUCAGACAUUCCACCACUCCCAAACAUGUUCUGAAGAAAGGAUUAACACUUUAUUCCUGUG